UAUAAUGGAGGUAUGAAUGAGAAUGAGUGUUGUAUAUUAAUUGACAGAGGAGGAAGAGGUGGCAGGGUCGAAAAGCGACAGUGGAUGCGAAUGAAAUGAAGACGCCCUUCUCACUGUCUCCGUCUCCGUCCUCUCUUCUAAGGAACAAGGCUUGCUUCUCUCCCUACCUCUUCACCCUCUUGGUUUUCAUUUUCUUCGUCGCCAUACUCUAUGGCGAGGACUUCAUCUGCAUCUUCGGCCAGCAGCUACAACUCUACCCCAACCCUCACGCCUUCUUCUCCUCACCCGAGAGAGUGAAAAGGCAAAAGCUUCCGUUUGCGAUAGGGAAAACAGAGGAAGGGUGCGACGUGUUCAGCGGGAGGUGGGUUCGGGACGAGGCUAACCGGCCUCUCUACAAGGAGUGGGAGUGUCCCUACAUACAGCCUCAGUUGACUUGUCAGGCACACGGACGCCCCGACAAGGAUUAUCAGUUUUGGAGGUGGCAGCCUCACGCCUGCGAUCUUCCCGAAUUCAAUGCGAGUUUGAUGCUGGAAACGCUUCGCGGCAAGAGGAUGAUGUUCGUCGGAGAUUCUUUGAACAGGGGUCAGUAUGUCUCUCUGGUCUGCCUUCUCCAUCGACUCAUUCCCGAGGAUGCCAAGUCCAUGGAAACCUUUGACUCCCUCACCGUCUUCACUGCCAAGGAAUACAAUGCCACCAUAGAGUUCUACUGGGCGCCAUUCCUUCUGGAAUCCAACUCCGACAACGCCGUCGUCCACAGGAUAUCCGAUAGGAUCGUGAGAAAAGGUUCGAUCAACAAGCACGGUCGCAAUUGGAAAGGUGUAGACAUUCUGGUGUUCAAUACCUAUCUCUGGUGGAUGACAGGCUUGAAGAUGAAGAUCUUGCUGGGAUCAUUUGACGAUGAAGCGAAAGAGAUAGUGGAGGUGCCAACAGAGGAUGCGUAUCGCAUGGCCAUGAAAAGUAUGCUGAGGUGGGUGAGGCUGAAUAUGGACCCGAAGAAGACCAGAGUGUUCUUCACCAGCAUGUCUCCUUCUCAUGGCAAGAGCAUAGACUGGGGAGGAAGAGAAGGAGGGAACUGCUACAACGAGACGAGGAUGAUAGAGAAUGCCACGUACUGGGGAUCAGAUUGCAGGAAGAGCAUAAUGCAAGUGAUAGGGGAGGUGCUGAGGAGGACGAGGGUGCCGAUAACGUUCCUGAACAUAACGCAGCUGUCGAGUUACAGGAAAGACGCGCACACUUCCAUUUACAAGAAGCAGUGGAGCCCCUUGACUGCAGAGCAGCUAGCCAACCCCGUCAGCUACGCGGAUUGCGUCCACUGGUGUUUGCCUGGCCUCCAAGAUACUUGGAACCACCUCCUUUUUGCCAAGCUCUUUUAUCCUUGACCCCUUCCUUGUCUUCACCUACGCUUUGCCUCUUUUUUUUUUUUUUUUUCUUUUUGGUAACACAAGAAUGCAAUGCAUUAUUCCUAUUAGUCUCGCUUCCCGUACUAACUGCACCUUACUAAAUGGGCGUUACGUUCGGUUCGCUGUAAAGUGUUCAAUUGCUCGUGCCAAAUUGGGAUUCUUGGCCCAACUAAAGCCCAAAUUUCUAAA